CAACCCCCAGAAGGCCGCGCGCGCCGCUGGCAGUUCGGCCGCUUCCCCUCGGCGGGCUGGGUGCGGCCAUGGAGGGCGAGCCGCCCCCGCUGGAGGAUCGGCGGCGGCUGCAGGAGGAGCUGAGCGAGUUCGUGGAGAGCUGCUGUCGGACGCUGCAGGAGGUCACGUCGUCCCUGGGCUGGAGCCUGGAUCGGCUGGACCCCGGGGAGGCGGCGGCCGCCGAGGAUGAAGUUGUGAUAUGUCCUUAUGAUUUCAAUCAUCACAUGCCUAAAUCAUCUUUAGCAAAGCACAUGGUAUCAUGUAGAUUGAGGAAACUGGGCUACACCAAAGAAGAAGAGGAUAAAAUGUAUAAUUCUGAAUUUUUCUAUGAGAAUAUGAAGAUACCUUCAAUCACUUUGAAUAAGGACUCACAAUUCCAGAUAAUUAAACAAGCUAGAACUGCAGUUGGAAAAGAUGGUGACUAUUAUAAUCAAAGGACUUAUUCUUCAUUACCUGUCGAAGUUCCUCUGAAUCACAAACGAUUUGUUUGUGAUCUGACCCAAGCUGAUCGUCUUGCCCUCUAUGAUUUUGUAAUUGAGGAGACAAAGAAAAAGCGCUCUGAUUCUCAAAUUAUCGAAAAUGACAGUGAUCUCUUUGUAGACUUGGCUGCAAAAGUCAAUCAAGAUAAUAGUCGAAAAAGUCCAAAAUCUUACCUUGAAAUCUUGGCAGAAGUGAGGGAUUAUAAAAGAAGACGUCAAUCCUAUAGAGCUAAGAAUGUUCACAUAACCAAGAAAUCAUACACUGAGGUGAUUCGGGAUGUGAUAAAUGUGCACAUGGAAGAACUCAGUAAUAAUUGGCAAGAAGAGCAGGAAAAAGCAGAGGAUGAUGCUGAAAAAACAUUAAUGUUAGGCUGGUGCACACUGGAGACCAGUGAGGAAAGCGAACUGAUGAAUGGUCCUGUCUGUUUCAGGAGAGAAGAAAGGCGAUCAGCUUCAGUAGGUUCCCGGCAGUCUGGUGGAAGCUAUUUGGAUGCUGACUGUUCACGGCAUAGGAGGGACCGGAGUCGGAGCCCACAUAAACGAAAAAGAAAUAAAGAUAAAGAUAAAAAUUGGGACUCAAGAAGGAGGAAAGAGAGGGAUGGGGAAAGACAUCAUAGUCAUAAAAGAAGAAAGCAAAAAGUAUAAAUGAAGUAACCAUGCAUGUGUUAAUUAUGCUGAUGCCAAGAUAACCAAUAUGCUGAUGUUUUCAUUGUAAUUACUUUGAAUAGGGGAAAAUGUUUAUAUGACCUGUUUAGUGCUCAUAUCACUAUUUUUCACUAAGUGCUUAUGUCUCAAACCAGGAGUACACUGUUAUGCCCUAUAACGUUGUUUUCCAUAUAUUUUAAUAGAUGACUGCUUCCUGUUACUAAUUUUUUUUUGAUAAUUUAUGUAUCAGAAAAUUCUUUAAUUCAGUACUUAAAUUAUAUAAACAAUACAUGAAUGCAUUCUUACUGUAAAAGGUUGAACCUUACAGAACGCCAUCUCCCAUUCCUAUGGCCACCCAGUGGUAACUGCUAUUUACCACUACACUGGUGGGUGAGUUGUAAUAGAGAAAAGCAACCUAAAUAUCUGUCAGGAGGGGAAAGGUCUGGCUAAAUAAAAUGCACUAUAGUCAUAUAAUAGAUAAUUUAUAUCAGAUUUUAAAAAUAAACUUUACCUAUGUGAACGUGGAUACAUUUCAGAAACAAGUUAAGUGACAACAGCAAAUUGGAGAAAGAUAUAUACAGUACUGUACAUUUUCAGUGGAUAUAUAUGUAUGUAAAUAUAUUUUUAAAGGUUCAGAAGAACCCAUACCAAACUGACAGCAGUGAUUAUUUGGGAGAGAUAAAUGGGAGAGAUAAGGGGUGGCACUGAAAAUUGGGAGGGUGGUCAAAGGAAACUUUAGCUUUAUCCAUAAUACAUUAAUUUCUUAAAAAUAAGGUAUUCAACCUGGUCAGUGUGGCUCAUCGUUGAGCAUUAUCCCAUGAACCAGGAGGUCAUGGUUUAAUUGCUGGUCAGGGCACAUGCACCAAUAGGGGGUAUGCAAGAGGCAGCCAAUCGAUGUUUUUAUCUCUCCUCCCUUUCUCUCUCUAAAAUCAAUUAAAGCAUAUUUUUUAAAAGUGAAAAAAAUAAGGUAUUCAUAUUUUAAUUAAAAAUUGUCAUUUUCUUUUUUGUAAAUGAACUCUUAAAAAUAUACUGUCAUUUUAUUUUGUUUGUAAAUGAAAUUUAUUGAGGUACUGUUUACAUAAAAUAAAAUGCAUCCAUUUUAAGUGUA